AUGGGAGAAGUUAUAUUGUACGUGGAGGAAUUGGAUUUGAAAUCCUGCUCAGCAAUUUUAGUCUGUAGGAUUUGCCAUGAAGAAGAAUUUGGAAGCUGUGAGAGCAUGGAAGCUCCUUGUGCAUGCUCCGGAACUGUUAAGUUUGCACACAGAAAUUGCAUACAGAGGUGGUGCAACGAGAAAGGCAAUACAACCUGCGAAAUAUGUCUCCAGAGCUAUGAACCUGGAUACACAGCACCGCCAAAGAAGUCGCGGGUAGAUGACACAGCAGUAACCAUUAGAGAUAGCGUGCAGGUUCCUAGAAGAGACCAAGAGCCACGAAGCCCAACGUUAGACUUAGAGCGGGUGCAACCAAUAGAAAAUGUCUACUCUUCUCAAUCUCAAUGCUCGUCUGCAGCUGAUAGAAGUGCGUCUUGUUGUCGAUCACUGGCUCUACUUUUUACGGUGGUUUUGCUUGUGAGGCACCUCUUUGUGGUGCUUACCGGUAGCGACGAAGAUUACCCCUUCACGCUUCUAACUGUACUUAUUCUAAGGGCUAGCGGGAUUAUCCUUCCAAUGUACAUAUUAAUUCGAACAAUCACAGCAAUUCAAAACAGCGUCCGGCAACAAUAUCGAUAUCAUUAUCAGGACUCUGAUGAUGAGACCUCAGACCCGGGUGACAACCAUGAAGAAGUAUAA